AUGUCCAAUGGCAGCAGCUCACCCUCCAUCAACAUUGCGCCUUACAUGUUUGUGCGCAGUUUGCAUGACGAGGAGGAACGCAACCUGGAGAUGCCGUUCCACUACACGCAGUUUGGGGCCGUGCUCAUGGUCGACAUUGUCGGUUUCAGUCAGAUGACAAGUACCGCUUCUUCAAAGGGAGAUGUCGGUGCAGAAAUGCUCUCCUCACAGAUCGGCACCUAUUUCGAUCUUGCCAUCCGGAUUAUUGAAUACCAUGGAGGCGACGUUGUCAAAUUCCUCGGAGAUGCGCUUUUGGUGGUAUUUCAACCCGACCCUGUCUGCGAUGACCAUCAAACAGAUGACUCAAACAACCUGACUCCCAUGGAUUCACCCACCACCGAAGAGCCUGCUGCAGCAUCACGCAGGAGUAAGGUCACCGUCCGCAAGGCUGUAGAGUGUGGACUGGAGCUCCUAGCCCGACUGUCAAAUUACCGUAUCUACCUAUCCGAAAAAGAAUUCUCUCGAAAAUUCUCCGGACCGAAUGUCGAUGAUGGCUCAGGAUACGGAGGAAAUGAUGACGGAAGCAACUGUAACCUUUUCCCAUCAAACGGGAACCAGAGUGGAAACAGUAACAACCAAUGGAACAACACAUAUACCAAUGCGACAGUCAUCAGUGGAAAUGGCAGUAUCAGCGCCAGCUCCUUCUUAAGCGUGCCCAUCAGUCGACCCAACUCUAAUGGCAACAACAACAACAGCAGCAACGGCAACAAUGGAAUAACUACACGCCGAUCUUCAGUUCCAACCAACAAUAACUCAUCCGGAAUGCCCAACAAGUUUUCCUCCAGCAACAACCUCGAUAUCGCUGGUGGCCACAGGAAGUGGGAUGACUCUUUGAUGACCCCAAGCAGGCCAGGAUCGACAACCUCAAAAAGCAAUCGCGCGGCAUCUUUUUUUUCAAACGCCAAGAAUCUUUUCACGCACUCGUCCUCACAGAGCGAUCGUCAGAAUAUCACACCAGAGGAUCUCUUGGAGGACUCGUUCGAACUGCAGCUACACAUGGCCAUGUCUGCCGGACCAAUAUCGAAUAUCAUCAUUGGCGACAUUGGACUGGAGAACGGACUUGACAAUCUUUUGCUACAAACAACUGGCCGAUUGGAGUAUGCCAUUUGUGGCGAGCAAAUGUCGACAAUUGACGAUGCACUUGGUAUGGCGCGUGCUGGAGAACUCACAAUUACGGCGGCGGCGUGGAGCUUUGUCAACCCAACAGCUUACCCUUGGUAUGAGGAGCGGAGACAAUGCUUUAUUCUGAAGAACAUCCAGUCGGCUAAUGAUGACCCCUUGCUCAGGCGUAUCAGGAACGACAAACUGCUUAACACCUCCGUAGAGAGUAACCCACACUACUACAAAUACAUUAACAAGUCGGCGAUUCAUCGACUUAUCCUGUACCCCGAUAACACUUUCCCGGCUCAGUUCAGGACAGUAACGAUUCUCUUUGUGAGUCUCGGGGAUGUUAAGCCAUGGACACGGGAGGGACUGGACACCUGUCAAAAGGCCAUCUAUCAAGUUCACAAAAUCACCUCUGAGUAUGAAGUCGACGACAAGGGCGCGACACUGCUAUGUGCAUUUGGACUUCCUUAUCCACGAUCGCAUGAGCGCGAGGCGGUGUUUGCAGCAAAGUCAGCCUGGGUGAUCCGCCGGAGACUCUUGGCAGAGGGGAUCCAUGGAUUCAAGAUCUCGUUGGCCACAGGCGUCAUCUUCACCAGCAUGAUCGGGAACGAGUUCCGUCGGGAUCCAGCCAUUGUCGGAGACACGAUUGUGAUUGCUGUUCGUAUCCUCAAGUUUGACUACGCCACCGAAUCCGUUGUCUGUGAUGAUGCUACCAAGGAGGCCUGUACUUCGGACCAUGAUGGGCUCUGCGAGUUUGAGGAUAUGGGUGAAGAGUUUGUGAAGGGCAAGAUGCAGCGGAUACGUGUCUGGAGGCUGGUUCAUUUCGGCGCCAAGAAGCAGAUCCGACGACCAGACGAUAUCAUGGUGGAUGAGACGAUUGGGUACGAGCCCGAGAGGGAAAAGGUUUCACAGUUCAUCAAAACGUGGGAGAAGGAGCCCGACAAGAACACCAUUUUGGUUGCAGGACCCAGAGGAUCGGGCAAAAGUAUGUUCUACCAGCAGAUCUGUCACAUUGCUGACAGAAACAACUACAACGUUUGCUCCGCUGCGUCGGCCGAGGUUGAAAAGAACACAGAGUACUACCUGUGCAAAUUCUUGUUGUUAGGAUUGUUCGACAUCAUGCGGAAGCGGGAAAUCCCCUACGCAGGAAGGACGCACCUCGAUCUCGGGAUGGCGAUUGGGCAGGCCAACUAUGAAUCUCAGAACUGGACACCUACAACGAUGGCGUCGACAAUUGUCAGCGGCGGUUUGGACGAGAGCGUAGGGGGAACACCGUGUUCGGCCAACAGCGUCUAUUCGCCCAUUAGCUCACAUUUUGGUCCUUCUGUCCGGUCGAGUAUGGCCUCCAGCUCCCCUUGGGACCUGUCACUCGGCCCGGCGAUCAGUCAGUAUAGCGACCCUACCGCAACCAAACGCAGCUCGAUGUACAUAACCAAGCUCCAAUCGCUCAUCAACGUCUCCUUGCAAAAGAUGGGCGAAGGCGACGAGAUAAUGCAUAUGCUGCACGACAUUAUCGCCGCACUCUCGUCCGACAACUCGGCACCGGUGAUGAAUGAUCGCGACGACAAAAUGCUGGCGGAUUUUAUUGUGCGUAUGCUCAACUACGCCAGCACCUUUGUCAAAAUCAUCGUCAUGUUCGAGGACGUCCAAUGGACGGACAGCAAGUCGCUGCAGAUCAUUCAGGUGAUCCAUGAGAGAUGCCCCGCUGUCUUGGUGGUAAUCUUUUCUCGACCACAGCGCGAUUACGGCAGCAACCCCCUUCACUCCCUCACAGGUCAUGCCAAGCAUUUGGAGAUUGUACUCGAGGGCCUCAAACGGAGAGACAUUGAGCUGGCGCUGCUCAAAACUUUCGAGGACAAGAAUGUCACCAGGAUCAAUCCGGCAGUCAUUGAGCUAGUUCAGGAAAAGACCAAGGGUAACCCCAAGUUUGUCAAGAACAUGACCACUAUGCUCAAGGACUUUUGUUUCGUCAACAUUGUGGACGGAGAGCUGCUGACGACAGGAAAGGAGUCCAUCCAAACGCCGUCCUACAAGAACAUGGAGGAGAUGCUGGUCAAGCAAGACAGGAAAAAGAUGAUUCUGAUGCAGUACGAUCGGAUGACAGCCCGGUUUCAGGACUUUUUGAAGAUUGCCAGCUGUCUGGGAGAGCAGUUCUCGCUGGCGGAGGUAGCAGCGAUUCGGCCGCUGGAGACGAUGUUGGGGGUCCCGGAGCCAGGACGGUCCUUCUCGACGCUGAUCAGCGACCUCGACACGUUCCGGUUCCUGUCGCUUGCCACCGAGCAGUUGAUGAACGUGCAGUUCUCAGACAAUUUGUCGAUGAACACCCUGUACAUGUUCAGCUCCGAAUCCACCGCGAAGGAUAUCUACGAGUCCAUCCCGUAUGAGGAGCGAGUAGGAUACCAUUUGACGAUGGGUCAGUUUUACGAGGCGUUCCUGGAGCCCGCCCAGUUCUCGGACCUCUUGCCGUUGAUCACCCGACACUACCUCAAGACGGACCAUACCGAGAAGAAGAUCAAGUACCUCAAGGCAAUCUCGGCGUUCGACCUCAAGAGUAAUAUGCUGCCCGACGCGACACAGAGUUUGACAGGGCUGAUUCAGAUCCUGGAUACAGUCCGAGGCGCCGCCAACAUGGUCAGUCAGGAGGAUCUGGCGGAAAUCUACGGCAUGAAGGGAGAAGCCCUGUCGAAGCGGAUGCGGAUCGAGGAGGCUGAGCCGGCGUUGUUGGACAGUCUGGCGCGCUAUGGAGUCCAUUGGCCCAAGAACUCUCAGCAGUGGAAGAUGGCGUUGUUUGUUGAAAAGACAAAGUUCAUCUUUCACUACCACGGCGGCACCACCCCUGGGCUAGUUCUUCCUGGCAAGUCGGUCAAGGCCAAAGUCGAUGCCAGGACGCAGAUCACACUCCAGAGGAUCAUCCGUGUCCUGGGCUGUCUCCAGAACAUUUACUUUUGGAAAACAGAGCCCAACGCUGCCAUGCUGUCGACACUCUACACACUCAACUAUUCUCGACGCCUGGGUCUUCCCUCGGGUGAGCAGACGGUGUCCUUGGGCCGCUAUGCGAUCCUCAACUACUUCAAGGGCAACCAUCAUACCUGCCGGGAGUACAUGCAGAAGGCUCGCCUUGCCAACGACGCUGGAGAGGGAACCGAGGGGAUGCUACCGUCGAUGCAGGGGUAUGUGGCGUACUGUGAGGGCCAUCGGGAACGCGCACACGCUUAUCUGUCGGAAGCGAUCAACGAGAGCAAGUCAUUUGGAGUGGUCAGCAACCUGGCGACGUAUUACCGAUCGGUGACCUUGAAGUGCAGCUACCGGAUGUGGGAGGGGUCGUUCAAUGUCCACCCUGAGGACUCCGCACUGCUCCGCGCCAUGUCUGCGGUGGCUAUCCAGAAUGGUGACUCCGAGGGCGAGACUCUGUUUGCCAUCCCAACGCUCGCCAAUCUGCUGCUCCAGGACAGAUUGAGGGAUGCCGAGAGCUGGGUGGUUUUGGUUGAGCGGUUUAUCUUACCCAAGGCUCGGCUGAUGAACAUGUUGGUGAUGCAUGGCAUGCUGUCGUACUACUAUGCCAAGAUGGGCCAGUUCAACAAGACAAAGAUCUAUGCGACGCUCUUGUCGGAGCGAAUAGCGGAUCAAGGCGUUGCCGCACACCCUUUUCCGUUGAUGAGCUGCGCGUUUGUAGUGAUGGCGAUCUUUGUGCUUCUCGAUAGCGCCAGUCCCAGUCUUGUGAACAUCCCAGUGGACCCUCUCCUUGCGAGCGAUACGGAACUGAUUCUUCGACCGGUGAUCCAGUGUCUGAGCCAGGAUCCGUUCCAGACCGUCAGCGAGUGUUUUAUGACCCUGGCCGACUCUAUUCGGUGCUUCAUCCUCCAGGGUGCCUUUCACCAACGGGAAGGAUACCAGAAGCUGUUGCGAGGCUGGGAGCGGUCGAGGUCCCAGACGCAGGGGAUGCAGUUUGUACAGGCGUAUUACCUGAGCAAGCUGGGGCAGUAUGCGGAUGUUGUGGAGGAGAAGGACGGGUUUUAUUCGGAGGCGUAUGUGUUGUUUAAGAAGAUGUCGAUGGAUCCGACGGACUGGUUGACGGACCCCUCGCCCAAGUGGCAGCCGCCGUUUGUAGCAGAGGUACCCUUGCCUGAGUUUUCCAUUCCUACUCCCAGUUGA